CGGGGCGGCGCGGCAGAGUAGUUCACCGGUCGCCCGGCUCCCUAGCCUUAGUCUUGCUGUGUUGUGAUCACGUGGCCAGCUCCGGGCGCGGCGCUUGUUUUGGUUUCCCUCUAGCCUGCCUUUGGCAGCUCGGGGUGAGCGACUUUCCUGUGCCGGUUGUCGCGCCUGCUUGUACUUCGGCUUUCUUUUCCUGGGGCUCUCUCAGCCCGAAGUUCUGCAAGCCCCUGGGGGCCGGCUCCUGCCAUGCCUUUAGUUCGCUACAGGAAGGUGGUCAUCCUCGGAUACCGCUCUGUAGGGAAGACAUCUUUAGCACAUCAAUUUGUGGAGGGCGAGUUCCUGGAAGAUUAUGAUCCUACUGUGGAGAAUACUUACAGCAAGAUAGUCACUCUUGGCAAAGAUGAGUUUCACCUACACCUGGUGGACACAGCAGGGCAGGAUGAGUACAGCAUUCUGCCCUAUUCAUUCAUCAUUGGGGUCCAUGGUUAUGUGCUCGUAUAUUCUGUCACCUCUCUGCAUAGCUUCCAAGUCAUUGAGAGUCUGUACCAAAAGCUACAUGAAGGCCAUGGGAAAACCCGGCUGCCAGUGGUGCUGGUGGGAAACAAGGCAGAUCUCUCUCCAGACAGGGAGGUCCAGGCUGUUGAAGGGAAGAAGCUGGCAGAGUCCUGGGGUGCAACAUUUAUGGAGUCAUCUGCUCGAGAUAAUCAGCUGACUCAAGGCAUCUUCACCAAAGUCAUCCAGGAGAUUGCCCGGGUGGAGAAUUCAUAUGGCCAAGAGCACCGUUGCCAUCUCAUGUGAACCCUUGAGCAUGGGGUAGCUGCCUUGAUUCUGCCCCUGGCAUGUGCCAGGCUCCAGCAGAGGUUUGGGGGGCAGGGCCUCAGGACCUCACCGGUUUGGUUACCAGCUGUGUCCCUGGCCCUCUGGGCACACAGUGUGGUACCCUCAUGUUUGCACACUUGCCCAGGCUCCCGUGGCCUGGCUGUCAAUGUUUACAAAGGGGCAAGGAUGUCUCACGGGCACUGUCCUCUAGCUCUCUGUCUUUGCUAAGUAAAUGAAUUGUUGUAACCUGUGGGAUUGGGAUUUGAGUCCUGGGCAUUGUUUAUUUAGGACCCAGUUGCCUAGGUAGGUUUUGGAUGUUGGCUGGGUGAGGGGAGCUGGGGACUCCUGAAGUGGAGAUGACUCUGGAGUGACAAUGUAUAUAUGCAAAUAAACUGAGAAAUCCUU